GAGAAAGAAGUACUGCCUACUUUGUGCGUGCAUAUCAGCGUCCUAGCUUUCUGGUAGGAUGUAACUAGAAUCUUUAAUCGACAAAAGCCAGAACAAGCUAAACUCAGCAAAAGUCUUCACCGCGCUCAAAUUCACUCAUAGGCGAAAACAAAAAAGCUCCACGUUUUUCUGAACACUGCCUAAAGCUCAAAACUCUCAACUGAUUUCAGUACAUCAUCGCAUAGGUAUUGGAUUUCGGUUUCAGAAAACCGAAACAGCGUGUCGACCAAUUUUGAACGGUACUUCGCAUCCCGUGUACCCUUCAAAUACUUACCUCAAAAUUACUCAUUUAGUUGGCAACCUAACACUUGAAGCUGGGUUAACUGAACGGUGAAGUUGACCAAUUCUUCACAAUUACUUGGCUUAUUACACUACAACCAGCAUAAUGGCGAUGGAUACGUCAAAUAAGUCUUUGACAUCAUUACUGGAGAAGAUGGUGGCAGCUGAUACUGAUUACCGGUUUAUGGCUAUGAAUGAUCUUAUCAAUGAAUUACAAGUGAACACCCUUCGUUUGGAUCUCCAAAGUGAAAAGAGAGUUGUUGGACUCAUUCUUCGUCUUCUGAGGGAUCCUAGUGGUGAAGUUCAAAGUCUUGCAGUAAAAUCACUAGGUCCUUUAGCGACUAAAGUAAAAGAACAGCAGAUUAUUACCAUCGUCAAAGAUCUUGUUGGAACUAUGGAAAAAGGAGGCGAAGGACAGCUUCGUAGCAUUUGUAGUAUUGGUCUCAAGACUGUUGUUAAUGCUUUACCGAAUGCAACUGAUAUGGUAGUAGUUCAAUCAGCUGUUCGUGAAGCCAUCUCUCCAUUAUUACAUAUGGUUAUGUCACAUCAAGAUGAUAAUGUACGCGUUGAAGCUUGUGAAGUUUUAGCUGAAAUUAUUAAUCAUUUUGGAAAUCUUUUGACAAGUUAUCACUUGGACUUACUUGAUUGCAUGAUCACUUGCCUUGGAUGUCCACAAACUACUUUACGUAAACGUGCUAUUCAGGCAUUGGGUUAUCUAUCAUGGAUUAUACCACAAAAAUAUUUCAGUUCACUUGUUAGCUUUCUCCUUUUCCGUUUACAAAUGAGUCCUUUUUUAACAUCAAAACCAAUGGAGAAAUUCGACGAUCAUUUGUCAAAACUGAUUACUGAAAAUACAUUGUUUCAACGACCACAUUUAUUGGAACAACUAAAACAAGUACCUUCUGUCGAUGUUAUGAAAACCUUACUUCAAUGCUUCAAUGUUGUUUCUCGUCAACUUCAACGUUCACCUCAUUGUAUUCCAUCAGUACUCCAACUACUCAUAUCGAUUGCAUACAGUUCAAAUACAAAUAAUCCAGAACAGGAUGAUAUUGUAGAGUUAGUUAUUCAAGUAUUGGAAACAAUAAUUCGACGUUGUCCUAGAGCAAUUUCACCUUCUCUUCCUGAACUGAUUAAUUUACUAUGUGAACGCUUGCAAUACGAUCCAAAUUAUGAUUAUGGUCUUGUUGAAGAUGGAGAUGAUCAAAUGGGCGUCAAUAAUAAUUAUGUCGAUUUCGAAGAUGAUAAUGCUGAUGUUGAUGCUGAUGACGAUGAAGAUGGAGAAUAUUCCGAUGAUGAAGACGUAUCAUGGAAAGUUAGACGUGCUGCAGCGCGUGGUUUAGAGGCAAUUAUCUUAGUUUUCACUGAAAUGACUGCUAAUUUCUAUGUAUCUAUUGCCCCUUUGUUGAUAAAACAAUUCAAUGAACGUGAAGAAUCUGUACGUUUAUCUAUAUUCUCAUGCCUUAGUGCGUUGUUGCGUCAAACUCGAUUAACAUCAACUAUUCAUUUGAAUACCACUAUUACUAAUGGAUCUGUUGCUGUCAACCAACAGAAUAGUCCAAGAUCUUAUGAAAGUACAUUAUUUGUAUCUGAAUCUACUUUGGAAGAGCUAAAACUGCAUUUACAAGAUCCUAAUAGUGCUCAGUCACGAUUACUAUCUCUGUUGCCGACAUUGUAUCGUGGCAUUGAAAAGCAAACAUCUCAAUCGAUAAGCAAUAAAAUGAAAUCUCAAAAUGCUAAUCGAGUUUUAUCGGUUUAUCGACAUACUGCGUUUAUGUUGAAUCGUGAUUUGGCUCUAGCUUUACCAGGUCAAUUAGGCGCUCAUUUGAAUAAUAUAUUAAUGAUGAUAAAAAUUUCGUCUGAUGAUCCGAAUACAAAUCAUACUGCAAAAAUGGAAAUGAUUAAUGUUCUUGUCCUUCUGUUGAGUACACAUCCAGCUAGUUAUUUUGAAUCAAAACUUGAUCUUCUCGUUCAAUUAACAGUACAAUCGAUUAACAAUUCAUUUUAUCGUGUUGCUUUGGAAGGUCUGGAUUUGUUACAACUUCUAUGUACACAUUUGAAAAGUUUAGGCGGUGAAAAAUAUGCUCAAGUUUUAUUUACUCCACUUUUCAAUCAAUUAAAAGCUACCGAUCGUGAUCUUGAAUUGAAGGAGAAAGCUAUUACAGUGACUGCAGUAUUUCUUUCACAAAUCGGUUACAUGGUUGAAUCGAAUAUUAACGAUUGUUUAGAUUUGAUAUAUCGACGUCUAACAAAUGAAUUAACUCGGUUGGCUGCAGUUCGUGCUAUACAGAUUAUCGCUUCAUCACCUUUGCAAUUGGAUUUAUUAAAAUUUCUGCCUGGUUCAUCGCAUGAAUUAGGAACAUUUUUAUCAAAAAAUGAUCGUAAUUUGCGUAUGAUAACACUUCGUUGUUUAUAUACAAUUUUAUUAAAAUAUCCUAAUAGUUUGGAUGAUAAUUGUAUAAUGACUAUAUUGAAUUUAAUGCCAAAAUUAUUAAUUACCGAACAUGAUUUACAAACAUCACAACUCGCUCUUCACCUUACCUCCUUAUUCUUGGAAUCACCUAAUCCUUUAGCUAGUCAGGUUUUUCAGAUUGUUAUACAAGAACCAUUUCUCGAAUGUCUCAUCAAUUUAGCACAUUCUCCAUUAUUACGUGGUCAAGCUUUGGAUGGAAUGCUUCGUUUAAUGCGUGCUUUUGGUCAUCUUAAGAAAACAGAUCCAAAUGGCCGACAACAGUUGACGCUCUUUUUAUCGCGUUUACUUGAUCCCAUUGAAAAUAAUCAUAUUAAUAAUAAUACUUCUUUGUUUGGUCACAACUCUGCUAUUAACAGUAGUAAUAAUAUUAAUAAUACUACACCGAAUCGAACUUCUAGUAUACAUCGAGAUGCUUUGCCUAGUUUAGCUCAAUGUAUGGCUGCCCUGUUAGCUGAACUACCAAUGACUUCAUCAAAUUCACCAUCAUUAUCAUCAUCUCAUUUCGAUGGUUUACUGAGUAGUGUAAACAAUGUGGUUGAUCAGUUGUUAAUAUCUGUCAAGGAUCCUUCUACAUCUCCAACACAAUUAUAUCUGAAUUUGCUUAUUUUGGGUGAAUUAGGUCGUAAAGUUGAUUUGAGUUCACGUACCGAUCUUCGUGAUCUAUUAAUUUCUUGCCUGUCAUCAACCAACAAUUCACCUUAUUACCAACAAACACCUCAUACUCCAACCGGUUUAUCUCAUUCUACAAUAUCAUCCAAUGGAUUUAUGGUCAGCGAAGAAGUUAAACCAGCAGCAGCGUUAAGUUUAGGUCGAAUGGUUGUUGGUAAACCAGAAAUUCUUUUGCCACCAUUAAUUGAAAGCAUUUCACAAGCUGUAAAACACCAUAUGCAACUGACAAACACCUCAGGAUCUUUUACUAGCAGUAUCGGUGCCAGCAGUGGUAGUAAAAAUAACACAAGUCAACAUCAAUUAUAUUAUUUAAUUCAAGCUCUCAGAGAGGUUCUUGUUAAUCUUGCUGGUCUGGAUCCUAAUCAAUCUUUGAAACAUUAUCUAGAUUCAAUGUGGUCCCUUUUAUUAGCGUGUUCUGGUUUAUCGGAAGAAGGUACACGAAACCUAGUCUCAGAAUGUCUUGGCCGAUUAACGUUGGUCGAUCCUCCGCAACUAGUUGGUCGUCUACGUCAACAGCUGAAUUCACCUGAGGCUUCAUCGUCAGUUUUAAUGCGUUCAACAUUAGUUACUGCGGUGAAAUUCAUUCUAAUCGUUACUGAUUUAGACGCAGGUACAAUGACAAAAUAUACCGGUCGUAUGCGUUACGAUCUACCAGACGUAACAUAUUUUACGGUUCCAUCUCAGGAAACUCCUAUGCCAUCAUCACCUGUGACUAAUGACAUUGAAUCAGCUUUACGAGCUGGUAGUCCUCCUGCAUUGAUAGAUUUUCUUGGUCGUCUUGCAGAUCAGGAAUUAUCAGUUCGACGUGCAGCUCUUGUUGCAUUGAAUACUGUGGCACACCAUAGACCUGGUCUUGUACGUCCAUUACUUAAUAUACCUAUACAAUUGCCUGGUUCAUCAGAAACAUCAACUCUAUUAGAUAUGUUAUGUGCAGAAACAGUUAUACGAAAAGAAUUGAUCCGUGAAGUAGAGAUGGGUCCAUUCAAACAUCAUGAAGACGAUGGUUUAGAUUUGAGGAAGUGUGCAUUUGAAUGCAUGUCCACACUACUGGAGACAUGUUUAGAUAAACUUGUAAUACCGAAUUUUCUGGAAUCAUUAAUUGACGGUCUACGUGAUCAUACUGAUAUAAAAUUAUUAUCUUAUCAAAUACUUCAACGUAUUUCAAUAAUAAGACCAAUGGAAAUAUCUGCCAAAAUGGAAAUUUUAGCUGUACCGUUAAAAGCGGUUCUUUUUUCCAAACCUAAAGAUGAUUGGGUUAAACAAGAAAUGGAGAAAAUGCAAGAAUUAAAUCGAAGUGCUAUUGGAUUGAUAGUCAGUUUAAGAAAUAUUGAUGAUAUUGAUAAAAAUCGUCAUUAUGUAGAAUUAAUACGUAUUAUUAAUGCAGAUUCUAAUUUAAAAAAUAUUUAUAUGCAAAUUUUGUCCACUGAAAAUUAUUCUACUAAAAAUAAUCUAUCAACAUUGACAACAACACAAACAACCGGUGAAUAUGGAAGAAACACUUCUUCAUCAUGUUCUCUUACUGGUGAUGGUAGUGGUGGUGUUGGAUUUAUCGGUAAAUUCUCAUCGACACGUUCAUGAUUUAUCCGACUUUACUACUUUAAAUUAGCAAUAUUUUUUAGUUUAUCCAUUGAGUCAUGGAUUCACUAACAAUCAAACAAACAAACACACAUCCACAUCCACACACAAGGUCUUUUUCCCGCUUGUAAACACUUUGAAUCGAAAAAGAAAGUAUAAACAUUUUUUUGUGUCUUCUCACUUACACCAUCUGAUGAAAAGCAAAAAAAAAAAUUUUUUUUUAAAUACAUGUACCUUAAUAAUAAAGAUGUCCAACUUUUUUUUUACCUCAUCCAUUCAUCUUUCCUUUAUUAUUUUCUUUCAAACUAUCAUCUUAGUAUCAAAAUGUAAUGUAUGCGAAUUGAUCAAAUGUGUGUAACUGUGCCAAAUGAUUGUUUUAUUUAUUGUAUAACAACAGUAACCAUGACUAUAAAAAAAAUGUGUUUAAAUCUUUUUAUGUUGUGUUAUAGUAUAAAUCAACUAAUUAUUCAAUGAAUAGUUUGAUACUAUUUAUAUCGUUUAAGUAUCCAUCUUUCUGUCUUAUUUAUGUAUACACAUUAACAUGUAAUAACAUUUAAAAACAAAUAAAUGACAACAUACAUUUCAACCUGGUUACUCACUUCUUUUUGUUUGUUUAUCCAUAUUUUUCUUUAAGAAUUGUUUGUAAGCUUACUACUAAUCUAUAGGACAAACAUUUCCCUCUCUCUCUCUCUUUCUCUCUCUUACACCUACACACACACACACACACACACACACACUCUUGAUAGGAAUCGAGCCAAUGCAAUAGUCAUAACAAUAGGAAAAGACUAAUGUUGUGUUAUACGGUGAUGAUAAAACAAUGAAUGCUUUUUCUCUCUCUUUAGAGCAAACAAAAUUACAAAAGAAAAAUUGUUUCUACAUUUAUUUUAUGCGUUUUUUUUCUGGCUUGAAAGAAUGUGCUUGUCUGUAUGUAUGUGUGUGUGUGUGUGAGUGUACGAUAUAGCGCUUAAAGUAGUUUGUGCUUUUGUCUGUUUUAAUUUUCUUAGGUUUACACAUGAUCUGCACCAUGAUAAAUGAAUAAUGCGUACAUGAUCUUAUGUUUAGUUGAGUUAUUAUUAUACUCUGUAUUUGUCCUUUGAAUUUCGUUUGUUUUUAACAUGAAUGUAGUUGAGUUACAUCUAACAAAAUAUUAUGAUAUCGAAUGUUGUUAAAGACAAGUUAUGAGUGAUGGUGAUAGUAAUCACUUUCUGAUUGUGUAUACUUUGAAAAUUUAUUUAUUUAAACACGUAGACAUUGAUACAAGGGGGCAACACCACAUAAAUCAUUCAUAUUGUGUGCGGGCUGGGAUACUGCCCGGGCGACCAAACCGACGUAGUUGGUUUUCUAAGGGGUCCACUCCUCGAGCGUUCGUUCACAUAACUCAAACAUUGAUGAUGAUUAGGGUACAGUUUAUUAAUUGGUUUUCUAUAACUGCAAUAUAUAAAUACUGUUGAAUAAUAAGUAUAUCUAACUGUGAACAGAGAUUCAUCACUCGUUAGCGAUGUGUAUUUAUAAGUUUUUAGAUGCUUAGAUGUAAUCGACAAAAGCAAAUCAAGUAUGGUAUACGUUUUGUGCUAGUUGAUACUUACUAACAAGAUGUACCUUUAUUCAUGAGUGACCAACCAGCACCCAAUCUUAUAGGUGAGUAACGACAUCACUCUGAAUAUAGGCACAACUCAGUAGGUCUUUGGGGAUUUCCUGCUCGGAAUUAGUCACCACUGAGGACAUGAUAAUUUUUAGUAAGAGAUUAAGUUAUGGAGAUUGCAGAAUUUUUUUCAUAAAUCAUGAGCUGACUGUACAUGGACUAGUGAUAUUGCCCUAUUUCGAAUAUACAAUAACAUCAAUGUGGAUACAUCUAAAAAAUAUUGAACUAAUCGAAACAAUUUGUAAAUCAGUAAUGACAAUAACGAUAAAGGAUUACGUAACCAAACCUUGUAAGUUGAAAGAUUCAGUAGUAAUUAUAAGAAUAACCAACAGUACGAUAAAAUGAACAAAUGUAUAUCGACAUGGGGAGUAGAUCAAAGCGUUAAAAAAAAACUAAACAUGAAAAUCGAUUACCAUUGAUUCAGAUAAUGUGAAUGAAUAUGACAAGGAGUUGAGAAACUUAGAAUUGUAGGGUAGAUUUCCCCCGGACCUUUUGUUGGCUUGAAUUCGUUAUCUCUUUGAUAAACGGGAUUGAAAUCUAAUGUUUAGGAACUAAAUUUAGACAAUAGAUCAGUAUAAAUACUCGAUUUUCCAAUAUCACAUGACCACCAUCAUUCAUCUGUGAUAAAACAAACAUAAACCUCAGUUUUGUUUAAUCCUUUCCCAAACAAAAAAAGGAGUUUCUGGUUGAUCGAUCAAUUACAACUUUCUUCACAAAAGCGGCUAAAUUAACAAAUUCACACUGAAAUGGUAAAACUAAGUAACUAAUCUUUCAUUUGUGGGACUAUUAUUUGUCAACUUGGGAAUGCCAAAGCUUUUUUAAGACCUCUAUCUAAUCGAUCGCAUAAAAAAUUACUAUGUCUCCAUUGAAUCAGAGCUUCAGGUACUAAGAUUUCUUACAAAUACUUUGUAGUUAUGACUUCUUGUUCACUGUAUACAUGUUUCUUUUGAACACAUGAAGCUACGGUUCAAUGAUUAAGUCAUUCAAAUUUCAACCAUGAUGUCUCAAGUUCGAACCUUGUUGCAUCUAUUUUGGUUUGACUAACGUGGUAGUUUUGCUAACUUGAGCUCUGAGGGUUUGUCCCGAAGUGAAGCACUCUUAUUUAUAUUUGGUAGAUGAGUUAAAUAAUAGAUCUGUUUUAGUCUGACAUAUUUACAAUGUGUAGUUCUUCGGAAAUAAUUAUAAAAAUCUUUUUAGUAUUGUUUCAAUUAACUUUAUUUCCGUGAGGUCAUAAUAGCCUUAGUUUACUUACUUACGCCUGUUACCCCUCGUGGAGGAGCAUAGGCCGUCCACAGCACUUUCCAUCAAACCCUGUUCUGACCAAUCCUUUCCAGUUGCUACUCAUCUUUUUCAGGUCUGCUUCCAAUUCCCGACGUAAUGGGUUCUUCGGCCUUCUUCUUUUCCGUCAUUGUUUUCAUUCAAUAAUAUUAAAUAGAGAUAGACAUUAAAUAAAUUUCCAAGGCUUAUAUACGAACACGUUUUUUCACAUACGUUCAUUUUAUUUCAAACAAAUCAAAAAUGUUAUUUCUCUCACAAACUGAACUUAGACAACUAUUCAGAGUCUGAAAGAACUGGACGGCUGUUUCAUCCUAGUUUGGGACUCCUAGGUAAUACUCAUCCAACCACAUUGUCCAGACUCAAAACAUCCGAUCUCUCAUGUAAACGUUCAACUUCUAGACCAUGGAGCCACAUUUCGGUGAUUCAUAUUUCGACAUUCAAUCAAUUCGUGAUAUCUCUGAAGAGUCCCAUACUAAAAUGAAACAGCUACCUACUGUUGUUUUUUUUUCUAGGUUUUUAAUUGAUUAUCUAACUUUGAUCCAUUCAUGAUCUCAAUAUCAUUCAACAAUCUCUACAACUCCUAUAAUGAAAAUCAAAACUGUUAACUAUUCAUAUCUUGAAUCUCUUAAACGUAGAAGUCCAGAUAUCUAAAGUCUUCUUUAAUGGACUGUAAAAUAUCCUAAAAUGUUUAAAGGUUAAUACACUUGAAUCAAAUAUAAACCACAUAAGUAAAAUCAACUCUCUAGUCUAUUUAAAUAAUAGAAAAUCUCAGUGUAAUUAAACUGUACUCUCUUUCAUUAUGUAAAAAUUAUGACAUUCAAUUUAAGAGAAAAGUAAAUUUCCCCUCUUCUUUUUCUUUUUUUCUUAUUACCUCUAGUUACUCAAGAAAUGUUUCAAAAUGGACUAAUUUUCUCUGUUUAUCAUCAUAUUUUGCACAUACAUUUUUACUGUGUAAAUUACAUUGUUAUGAUGACAAGCUUAUUAGAUGUUCUAAUGAAGAAUCCUUGUAUAAUAAUCGAUAAUGACGACUGACAGCAUAGAUUAUUCAUUCUUAUCAGCUUAGUUUCAAAAAGAGAGACUUUUUUAAUAAUGUAUUACUUGAAUAAUGCCAAUGAUCAACAUGUUAAUCAAUCAAUAAAAUCAAUGAAUAUUCCAGAGAAAACUGUCCAUUCAUUAAACAAUUUGAAUUCAAUCAAUAAUAAUUCUAAAUCAGUAAUUAAAUCAAAGUUGAAACAAACAAAUGAUAAAAAUUUGAACCAAUUCAAACAAAAAUCAAAUAAAGUUCAAUCAACAAAACGAUUCAUUUCAAAACCAAAUUUAUGUCGUUUACAAGAUUUAUGCCUUGAAGAUCGUUAUAAAUUGAAUCAAUUAGUUAUGAAAUUAGCUGAAGCUCAAGAAGCAUUAAAUCAAAUGGAUUCUAAAUUAAAAGAACAAUCUAUAAAGAAUAAUGACAUUCAACAAGAUAACAGGUUAAUAUCGAAUCAGUUUAUAAAUUCUGAGGCAUGUUCAUUCAAUGUAGAACAGAAAGUAUGUUCAUCAUCAAAUACAGAUCAAUUCAUUGUAAGUAGUAGUAGUAGUAGUAGUAGUAGUGUUAUAGUUUAAAUUUCAGUAUCCAAUUGUAGAGAUUGUUGAAAUGGAUUCAAAUCAAGAAUUGAUCUAAAUUAGACAAUCAUUCAAAAUUUGAAAGUAUUGGAUAGAUGUUUAGUCAUAGUAUGAGAUGCCUCAAAAGUAUACAUCUAUUACUUUGAAACAGGGAAUAGCUUUUAGACCAUUGAACUGAUAUACAAUGGUACACAAGCUUAACUUCUAAUGAGAUGACGUGACCAGUGGAACUAUACCAUAUAGAGUUUGAGAAAGGUAUCCAUCGAAGAAAUGAAAGAUCGUUGAGAAAUAUCUCUGACUAAUUGAAGUUAGACUUAUGCACCAUCAGAUUUUGCCUUAAUUGUCUAGAGGUUAAGCGUUGGUGUUCGUAGUGACGUCUCAAACUACGAUAAAACAGUUUUACAGUGCUUCUAGAUUCUUAAUGUUUGUCUAACCUAGAUCAGUUCAUGAUUUCAAUGAUAUAGUUUGAUUUGCUUGUUUUUCGAGUUUUCCUAAUCUAAAGUAAAAUGUGUCUAACUGCGAUGAUGGUUUAGUCUUAAGAAUUAGAUUCUUUUACUUUUGACUAAGAUGAUCUAUUAGCCUGACUUAACUGUACAUAACCAAAAGUAUCAUUCAGAAUGCUAAACUAUAAAAUAAUACUCGUUAUGAAAGUAUAAUUUUGUAUUCAUUGGAUUCAGAUAUUUAACGCUAAAUAAGAAGAAUGAAUGGAUUUAUUCAAUACAUGCACAUGACCAGCAAUCAAUCUAAAUUCUUAGAUGGGAUAUCUUGAAAAUACCGGCCUUAAUACAAAAUUCUUAUAUAGAAGCUUGGAUAUUUGAGAAGGGGGUGAAACUUUCCGGACUGUUUUAUGAGGAAUUAUCAUGUCUAUUUUUACUGUGUACUUAGUGUAAUCUUCCAUCCAUGAAUAGCUGUUGUCAUAUGUCUCACCGUCUCUAAAUUGUGGUUAAUUAAUUAUGGACUUAUUAUUCAGUUUUGUAUGACUUUUGAUUUAGUUAUAUAAACAUUGUGAUUGAGCCGGAUAAUAAAUGUGUAUAAGUUUUCUUGUGAAUCUGAUUGUUUCAGUUUCUAUUUGGAAAAGAUAGGAGGCUAGGUAGCCUGUGUUAGUCUUGGCAAUGAUGGUCUCUCAGUUGAUCCAACUUUCUUUUGAAUGAGUCGACGGAUGGAACCUCAAUCAGGUUCGUUGAUGAUUCGAUUGGAAAAUCGAUAGUCAGCUAGCAAGUAAUUUGUUUUGGGCUUGCGAACGUUUUUGGAAUGUCCCCGUAAAUUCACUAUUUUGGAAAACAAGAAAAGUAAGAACAUAUCAGAUAUAGGUUUAUCACUAAGUGAUUUAAAAACCAUGAUCAAGUCGUCUCUGGUUCUUAGAUAUGACAAUGGAAAUAGGUUUAGUUUAGCCAAUCGAGCAUCAUAAGCGAGCUUCGCUCUUUCAGUAAUCUGCUUAGUUGCGGUUCUUUGAGCCUUUUUCAACAUCUCAAUGUCUCUUUCUAGAUAGGGGCUAGCUGUUCGUAUGCAGUACUCUAGUCUAAGUCGGACGAUUACUGUAUACGAAGUCAAAAGGUUUUAGCAUCGACACGGCUAAAGGCCCUACAUAUUGACCAUUGGCGUCUAAAACCUUUAGCGGCUAUCGCACGGCAGCGUGCAGUAGUUUUUAAGUCUUGGAUAACGAUGACUCCUAAGUCAUUGUGUGUCUGGACAACAGGUAACUCAAUGUUGUUCACCUUGUAUGUAUUAGUAAUAAUAAAAAGUGAAAUAUAUUUUCUAUCUAUCUACCUAGGAAUAUAAGGAGCUUGUGGACUAUUUAGAAUCAGGAAUUUUCACUCAGUAUCACGAUCAAUGUGUUAUUGAUCAAGAAAAGGCGAUCGAUCUGAAAGGCAUAAAAAGAACCGACCAACUAGCGAACUCGAACUCUUAUCACCUACCAGCAACAUCAGCUAGUGAGGAACUGUUGAAAACCAUAUCGUAUCGGACAACUAUUUCAUCCUAAUGACUAAACAAUCUACAUAGUAAUUUUAUAUACAUAUAGAUCUACUCGCUUCCGCGGUGCAUAUACUAAAAUUGGAACGAUACAGAGAAGAUUAGCAUGGCCCCUGCUCAACGAUGACACGCAAAAUCGUGAAGCGUUCCAUGUUUUCCACACCAUUCUCACCUCCCAAAUCCACACUACCUGUCAUCGCAACUACUCGGUGUGGUGGCUGAUGCCACGGAGUUCACUCACCCUCCAUCCUCUCUGAUUCACCAAGAGUGGGCUACACGGUCGGUCCUCAGAGUGACCGUAGACUGAAGAGUGGUGAUCAGUGAGUGGGUGGUGACGUGUGACCAAACGUUUGCUUCAUAUAGAUCUACCAUCUAACCAUCCGAAAUUUCGAAUAAAUGAACCAAUUUUAAAAGAGCUUUAAUCCACAAAUUAAUAAACGACUGUUUAAUAACAUUAUGAUAAAAUGUCUGUUUAUUAAUUCAUAAAUAUUUUUACGGUUGGACCUGAUUUCGGUUUAAAUAGAUCAGUCUUAAUCAUAGACUGAUCUUAAGUUAGACAACCAUUGAAAACCAGGAGACACUGAUCAUCUGUUUCAUCCUGAUAUGGGACUCUUAAGGAAUGGAACUCUUUCACAGUGUACAUCCAUAACCCCUCAACCUGAAGUCAUUAGUAUGUAGCAGUAGUUUCAUUGGACUUUUCUCAUUAUAUCAAUUCAACUAGAAAAUACUCGAUACUUAUUGAUUCACAUUUUAGAAUAUAAUCGCUUUUUUCUAUGGGACGAUUUCAAAUGGCAUUGAAUUAGGUUACAAUAGAGCAUGGAUCGGUCAAACCGAAAUCUGUAUCAGUCUAUUAGUUCAUAAACUUUUAGUAUGAGUUAAGUAGAUACAUUUACACUACCUAGGUGCGGUCCGCGUGAUCGUUGUGAUCUUCGAUUGAAGAGAUUUUGUGAUAUACUUUAAAAUCAUUCACAAUGCUUUAAACGCAUUCACUCUUUGUCUAACAUCUACAUCCUGUUUUUCAUUAUUUCCUUAUAAAUACCAUCUCGAACCACAUUAUUAGUGUUAUAUGAAUUCGAUUCGUUUUCUAUUGAUCUUGUUCACUUCAUCUCUACUCUUAAUAACAUGUAAUAUGUCAAAUUAAGUUAACAUACAUCUGUACCGAUUCGUGAAGGCGCGGAUCGGCAAAGCAAGAGCAGAAUAUUUACAAUUGAGGAACAUCUGGAACUCAAAGCAACUGUCAACCAACUCCAAGGUCAGGAUUUUCAAUACAAAUGUCAACACAGUUCCACUGUAUGGGGCAGAAACCUGGAGAACUACGAAAGCCAUCAUCCAGAAAAUACAGGUGUUUAUUAACAGUUAUCUACGCAAAAUACUUCGGAUCCGUUGGUCAGACUGAUAUGAUGGAAAGAAAAGUCAAUUUUCGAUUGAAUUGCUCAUUAUGAGUUUUAUUCAACAUUCAACAUCCGUUUUGAUUCAACGUGAGGAUCAUUCAGUGUAGUAUUUGAUUGUGUUUUCUCAGUAUGAUAUUUUCUUCUGUAUAAUAUACGAUAUUCUUGUAUUCAGUUGACAUGAACUAUGCGCAGUAAGUGAUUUGUUAUAACUGAGUAUGUGAUUUAAUCCUAAUUAUUAAUCAAAAUGGGUGUACAAUCAAUUUAUAAAUUAGUGUAUUUUAGACUAUUUUUGAUUCGUCGUCGUCAUAGUGUUUGGGCUAAUAAAUCUUCACUUAUAACAGUCUUGUGUGUUCUUACUUUCGCAUCGUGGGAAUUGCAGGGGUCCCUCGUUCCGAGUAUAAGUGAUCAGCGGUCUUUUCCGGCACAACAAUUGCAACGACCUGAACAUAACAUAGACACUAUCAGUAACAACCUACUGUGGGAGAGAGCAAACCAGAUCCUAGCGGAGGAAGAAGUGCUGGAAGUAAAUAGGACACACAUUGAGGAAAUCACUCACCUGCGUCACAAAGCAAGCCCUCACAUGGAAUCCUCAAGGUCAAAGGAAAAGGGGAAGACCAAAGAACACAUUACGCUGGAAAAUGGAGAUAGACAUGAGUAAAAUGAACAAGAAUGGGAUAGAACUAGAAAGAAAGGCCGAGGACAGAGUGGAUUGGAGAAUGCUGGUUGGUGGCCUAUGUUCCAUUGGGAGUAACAGGCGUAAGUAAACAUUCUAUAAAACAAAACUGGAACAUUUAGAAAAUGAAUUGAGUCAAUUACGGUGUAAUUUCAAAAAAGAACAAUCUAUGCCUAAAUGUGAAAAUAAUCAAUCAAUGGAGACAUUAAUUGAAAUUAAUCCAACUAUAAUGAAUGAUGUUGAACAAAUGGAACAAUUGAAACAAUCAAAUAAAAAUGUCAAUACCUUAACAAAACAAUCAUCUCACUGUGUUAAUCAUAAUUAUCAACAUGAUCAACACUUGAAUGAUAAUGAUAUGGAAACUAAUUAUGAUUUGUCAAAGACUGUAAAUAAUGAACAAAAAAUCACAUCAAUAAACAAUCAUAAUACAAACAGUCAUAGUGAAUUGAGUGUAAAAUCAACGAACAAGAAACAUAUCACAAGAAAUCAAAAAGUUACAAACUUCAAACAGAAAAAUUGUUCAAAUGUAUUACCAGUAUGGGAAUUUAUUAAUGCCAAUGAUAAUUCCAUUGUAAAUAUUCAAUGUAUGGAUACAUUAACUCAUCAUCAAAUAAUAAAGAAAAAUAUUUCAAUAAUGACUGAACCAGUCGAUAUGACAAUUCAAUCAAUUACAUGUUCAGUUGAAAAAUCUACACAAACUAUAGUUAAUGAGUUCAAUGAUAAAUAUAAAACAAAUUAUCCAGUAGAAUUGAAUACAUCCAUCUCAACACCAACUUCACUACAUUCAAAUGUAAUAUUAAAUCAUGAAAAUAACAAAUCUUUAGUAAAUUCAUUAGUACAAACUGAUUCAGUGAACCAUCAUCAUCAUCAUCAUUAUGAUUAUUACAAUAAUUUAAUAAAAAGAAAUAACAAAGUCAAUAAGACAAGAAAGUGUGUAAAAUCAAAAAUACAAAACAAUCAAACAAGAAGAUCUAGAGAAUACAGAAGAAAAAGAAUGAAAAAUCGAUUAGUACAAGAGAAAAGUGAAUCUUUCUCCUCCUCCUCCUCCUGCUCCUCCUCGUCCUCUUCCUCAAAUUCCUCUAUAUCUUCAUCAUUUUUAUCUAAGAAGAACGAAAAAUUUGAUGAUGAUAAUAAUAUUGAUGUUGAUAGAAAUAAUAAAGUGAAGUUAACUUCAUUUCAAAUACAAGAAGGAAAUCAUCAACUAGUUCAAAAUGUCAAACAAUUGAAUGUUUCAAAUGAUAUACCAUUGAAUAAUCCAGACAAAACAAGAAUUUCACUUCCAGAAGAUGAUGAAAAAGAAACUGGAUUUAUUGAAUUGAUUAGUAAAUCUUUACCACAUUGUAAAUUAAUCCAAGGACAAAGACGACAACAACAGCAGGAUGAAUCUAUCAUUGAAAUAAAUUCAGAUAAGGAAUUAGAAUCAAUAAUUCAAUUAAUGAAUGGAACAUUCCAAGAUAAUCACUUAUCUAAUUCAAUACAAAAUAAAGUGAAUCCAUAUGGUAAACAAUACACUUCAAUGUAUACAUGUAAACAUUUGAAUAUUACCAUGAAUAAUAAUAAUAAUAAUAAUAAUCAAAUAAUGAAACAAACACGAACAUUUCUAUCAAAACCAUAUCAACAAGAAAGUCAAUUCAUCAGAAACAAUCAACCAUAUUUUAAACAAACGAAUGAACAAGAACAAUAUGAUCAUAUUAAUACUAAUUAUUAUUAUUAUGAUGAUGAUGAUCAGUUUUAUCCAAGUAGUAAUUGUCAAAAUGAACAAGAUGAACAAUGGAAUGAUACAAUCGAUCAUGACUGUAAUAAGUCAAAUAUAACAGAAGUACAUUUAGAAAAAGAAGAAGAACAGUUACUAAGGGAUUUAUUUUUCAUAAGUAAUUAACUAUUUAUAUAUUUAAAAAAACAAUUUCGAGUAGGAACAACAUGUGUGUAUGUUUUCUUUUAUUCUUUUUGUUUCCAUUACUUAUUGAAUAAGAAGAAGAAAAAAACAAAUAAAAAGGACUAUGAUAAUUUUUCCAUUUGAUUUGUAAAUCAUAAGUCAAAGUAUAUCAUACGAUUAAAAUGUAACAACAAUAAAAAGUGUGAAGCCAUGAUCAGGGGUAUCCACUCGGUAUCAGGUAGUGAUAGAUCCCAGGAAAAUGCCGUUCUUGCUUUUCCAGUCCGUGCUUUGAUAUCCGUCCUUUUUCAUCAAUGAUGCUCUCUAGUUAUACGAAAAUUUCCACCACUUCAAGAGCUUUUCCAUCAUGCGAGAUUUGGUCGGUACUCACUGUGUUGCGUUUUAAGACUUAAAAUACCAACCUUAUAUCUUUGUUCUCAGGAACCAUGUAUUUUCUUGCUAUGUUCUUUCAAUCCCG